AAAAAAUAAUAAUAUUAGAGUAAACAUCAAGACAAGGGUUUUGAGGAGGUUUUAAGCACAGCUUGGAAUAUUCAGCAGCCACCGUGAGCUGAAUUCCAACGCAAUGUCCACGCUCCCGAACCAACCCCUAAAGGAUCACUCCGAUGCCGAAUCACCAGAUCUUUCUCCCAAUCAACAAGCUUCGGAGUCUCCCGAACCAGCAGAUCUUUCUCCCAAACAAAUAGCUUCGGACUCUCCCGAACCAGAAAACGAAGAGGAAGAUGAAGAAGAAGGAGAGUGCGGGUUUUGUCUAUUCAUGAAAGGUGGCGGUUGCAAAGAUACCUUCGUGGAUUGGGAAAAUUGCGUCAAAGAAGCCGAAGAUAAAAACGAAGACCUCGUUGAAAAGUGCUCUCAAGUAACCGCGCGUUUGAAGCAGUGUAUGGAUGCACAUUCCGAUUACUACGAACCUAUUCUUAGGGCUGAGAAACACGCGGAAGAACAAGCUGUUAUCGAAUUGGAGAAAGAAAAACAAGAUUCAGCUAACAACAAUGAACAACAAGAAGCCCCUUCUCAAUCUAAUCAAAACGACCGUGAGUUGAAGUCGGAGGAGGCAAUGUCGACGUCCCCGAAGCAACCCGAAAAGGAGCAAUCCAAUGCUGAAGCAGGAAAUCUUUCUCCUGAUCAACAAGCUCCUGAGGCUUCGAAAGCAGAAGACAGAGAGGAGGAAGAGGAGGAAGGGGAGUGUGGGUUCUGCGUGUUCAUGAAAGGAGGUGGUUGCAGAGACACCUUCAUCGAUUGGGAGAAUUGUGUGAAAGAGGCAGAGGAGAAUAAAGAGGACCUUGUUGAAAAAUGCUCUCAGGUCACUGAUCUUUUGAAGCAGUGCAUGGAUUCCCAUUCCGAUUACUACGAACCCAUCCUCAGGGCUGAGAAGCAGGUCGAAGAACAAGCCAUCAUUGAAUUGGAGAAUGAAAAGCAAGAUUCAGCAACCAACAACAACGAUCAGGAAUCUGCUUCUCAUUCUAAUCAAAAGUGAUACUUAAUUUCCAUGCUAUUUUUUUCGAAUUUAUUGUUAUACUAGUAUUACCUUGUUAUAGCAUCCAUCUAUUCAAUAGAUAAUACCUAUUUAAAAUUUGUAUGCGAGAAAGAGGGUCUGGCUUGUCUCAGUUUUUGUCACAAUAAGUGGAAUUUUGGAUAUUUUCAUACUUACAUUUGCAGCUUUAUGAUAGGGAAUCUAUCUAUGUUUUAAUCAAUA